AUGGCCACCUCGGACCCAUCCUCCUCCAACGCCGCGCAGGAUCCCAACACGGCGAGUUUGCGACCCACAACCUAUGACACCUGGUGCGGAGUGGCUCACGGAUGCACGAAGAAAAUCGGACUCAAGAUAUGUGGGUUCUUGCAAAGGAAUAACAGCCUGGAAGACAAAAGCCGCUUGGUGAGCGCACUCAAGGAAAGGCAGUCGUCCAAGAACCUGCUGGCCUGUGAAAACAGCGAGAAAGAAGUCAGGUUCCGGAGGACCGAGACAGACUUCUCCAACCUCUAUGCCCGGGAUUUGCUGCCGGCCAAGAAUGGAGAGGAGCAGACGGUGCAGUUCCUACUGGAGGUGGUGGACAUUCUCCUGGCUUAUGUACGGAAGACCUUUGACAGGUCCACCAAGGUGCUGGAUUUCCACCACCCACACCAGCUCCUGGAAGGCAUGGAAGGUUUCAACCUGGAGCUUUCUGACAACCCAGAGUCACUUGAACAGAUCCUAGUAGACUGUAGAGACACGUUGAAAUACGGAGUCAGGACAGGUCAUCCCCGCUUUUUCAACCAGCUUUCUACAGGACUAGAUAUCAUUGGCUUGGCUGGGGAAUGGUUGACAUCUACGGCUAAUACAAACAUGUUUACGUAUGAAAUUGCGCCUGUUUUUGUGCUCAUGGAGCAAAUAACACUUCGAAAAAUGAGAGAGAUUAUUGGAUGGUCAAAUAAAGAUGGAGAUGGUAUCUUCUCACCUGGUGGUGCUAUAUCCAAUAUGUAUAGCAUCAUGGCAGCCCGCUACAAGUAUUUCCCAGAAGUCAAAACCAAAGGCAUGGCUGCAGUGCCGAAACUGGUCCUUUUUACCUCAGAACACAGUCACUAUUCCAUGAAAAAGGCUGGAUCUGCACUUGGCUUUGGAACUGAAAAUGUGAUUUUGGUAAAGUGUAAUCAAAGGGGCAAAAUAAUACCAAGUGAUUUGGAAGCCAAGAUUUUGGAAGCCAAACAAAAGGGAUAUGUUCCCCUUUAUGUGAAUGCAACCGCUGGCACAACAGUUUACGGGGCCUUUGAUCCAAUUCAGGAGAUUGCAGAUAUUUGUGAAAAAUAUAACCUUUGGCUCCAUGUAGAUGCUGCUUGGGGAGGUGGAUUACUCAUGUCCAGAAAGCAUCGUCAUAAGCUGAAUGGAAUAGAAAGAGCCAAUUCUGUCACAUGGAAUCCACACAAGAUGAUGGGAGUUUUAUUACAGUGUUCUGCCAUUCUCCUUCGGGAAAAGGGUAUACUUCAAGGUUGCAACCAGAUGUGUGCAGGAUAUCUGUUUCAGCAAGACAAGCAAUAUGAUAUAACCUAUGACACUGGAGAUAAAGCAAUACAGUGCGGCCGCCAUGUUGACAUAUUCAAAUUCUGGUUGAUGUGGAAAGCCAAGGGUACGGUAGGAUUUGAAAGUCAGAUCAACAAAUGUCUUGAAUUAUCAGAAUACCUCUACAAUAAAAUUAAGAAUAGAGAGGAGUUUGAGAUGGUUUUUGAAGGAGAGCCUGAACAUACAAAUGUAUGUUUCUGGUACAUUCCACCAAGUCUCAGGGGUAUUCCAGACUCUGAUGAGAGGAGAGAAAAAUUACAUCGGGUGGCACCAAAAAUCAAGGCCCUCAUGAUGGAAUCCGGUACCACGAUGGUUGGAUAUCAGCCUCAGGGAGAUAAAGUCAACUUCUUCCGAAUGGUUGUUUCGAAUCCAGCAGCUACCAAGUCUGACAUUGACUUCCUCAUUGAGGAGAUCGAAAGAUUGGGGCAAGAUCUGUAAUCCACUUGAUUAACCGACUGUACUUCUUUAAAGCACUAUUUUCCAGUACUGGCUU